UCUCAGCUCGUCGCAUACUGGCGCGCUGUCAGUGUGUGCGACUGCUGGCUGUACACACAGUAUACACCCUCUACUUGCGCUGCAAAGCAACAUACUAGUGCGGUGCGCGCAAUCGACGGGGCUACAACAUUCACAACAAAGUUGAAUCGUAUAUUAAAAAAAAACAAAUCAAAUAAUAAUAAUAGUAAAUGUAAUAAUACAAGAUAAAAAGUAAAAGCUGUUCGCGUAAACAGCCUAGAUUUUUAUUUCAACGUACUGAUUUCAGUUUGUCAAUUGUUUCGAACGCUAUACAUAUGUAUAUAUCCAAUUAUUUGUUGGUACCCACUAACUAACGCGUGGUGAUCACCUAAUCAACCCAUAGUCUGGAUGAUCGCCGAUCGAACGUGAGUCCGUGUAGGAAAAUAUUUCGCGACCUAAACUGCGGUUUGCUUGCCGUAUCGUAGUGACCAGUGGAGCAAACAGUCAGUCGUUUAUUUUUAAAGUACCGACGGUAUUUCUGCACUGUAUUUUACGUACAUACAUACAUAAGUGGCUUGUUUCUAUGCUUUAUUGGUUUACUUUUGCUUGUUUAGCUGGCGUGCUUUCGAUUAAUUUGUGUUUUUUGUGCCUCAGCACACGUGUGCUUGUGUGAGUUUUAUUGUUUGAUAAUUUUUAGCUGCCAAUGAUCGGUGCAAAUGCUACGUAAAUACAUAAAUACAUACAUAUUAUGUUCGUGCUUUCAGCAGCAGAGUGCGCUACCAGAUGUAGGUGAUGCAAAUCAAAAAAUAAAUCAUUUGUUGCAAAUUCAAAUGCCGACGGUGUUGCAGCAAACCUGCAAACAAUAGCAAUAAGUAUAUGCGGCUAUAUGAUAUGAAAAUGAUAAAUAAAUAAAUAGAAAUAACACAACAUGCAUUCGACAAUAAUAAAAACAACAAUUUAUGCGCGUUGGUGGUGGCGAAGUGCGCUGUAAAGGCGGUUGGUUGCCGGUAGCAACGCCCACUAACAAAAGUGUAUCACAUCCCAGCCCAGAGCAUCACUGAUUACGCGGCUACCGAAGCCAUUAGAGCAACCAGUGAAAUGUGCACUGUCUCCUCUGAUCACAUCAGCGAUUACGAUCGUGACGACUGCAACACCACUGCACUAAAGAGGCGACACUGGUUGCAUUGAGAUGUACCUAUCAAACUGUAAAAGAAGCAAACAACGCUAGCACAACAAAAUAAAAACAUAAAUCCAAAUAUUUAAAAAAUAACUACAAUAUAUAAGAGUGGAAAAAGAAAAAGUACAUACAUAUUAUGGAAGUUGCGAAUGUGGACACCCGAGGAUGCGAAUGCUGAUGUCUAAAAGCUAAACAUGUAUGAUGUCAAGUAUUUAUAAAAAAUUUAGCUAUCUAAAUUGUUUCUUAAAAAGACUCGACCGCAUUCGCAACAUCCCUCGUAAUAACAUAUAUCCGCCGUACCGUAAUCAACUACAAUCAAUAACAGCAAUAAUCAAUGGAAGUACCUUCAAUCAACAAGCAACAAAUAAAUAACCAGCAUUUCUUUCAGUGAUUAGCAGUGUAUACAGAAUUUAAAAACGACAUAGUCAAUAGCUAGCUCCGGGAAAAAAGUAUUUUGUUUGCUUAAUUUGUUACAUUAAUCAAGCUUGGCUCGAAACUAAACUCUAUCUCAAUUCUUGGGUACUAAAAAAUUCAUCUUAGGCUACUCCAUUAGCUUUGCAGCAUUGCAUUCGGUCAUCCAUUACCCAUGCAUCAGCCUAAACUACUACUUACAAGAAUUGUUUCUAAACCUAAAUUUUGUGUGUAAACUUUUUUCUCGGUCCAGCGAUUUUCAUCACAAACACUGAUUAUUAUAGUUGUUAAAUCAAUAUUGACCUAAUAUCUGCAUACAUUAAUCUGUACCAGUUGAACAAGGAAAUUUUAAAAAAUGGUUGUGUGUGUCGGUGCAACCAAAAAUGUAUUUUUCAAAAGCAAAAAAGAAAAAACGUAAAGUGCAAGUAUUUAAUACUCAACAAUGCAUAUAUAAUCAGCGACAACAACUACUAUAUAAAAACUUUUUGCACUUGAACCGAAGUCGGUGUAAAGAAGCCGGACGCGCAGGCUCGCAGCCACCAAACUACCAAGCGCUCAAAUAACAAACGUAAGCACACACUAAGGUGCGGGCGCAGGCGCAAUCGCAGACGGCAAGCACGCCAAGUGCAGAAAAAUCAUCAUAGCGUGUGCACGCAUGUGAAGACAUACAUAUCAGCCACAGAUAGGCCCCCAACAUACAACGUGCAAACUUCACAUUACAGAAACUAGCGGCAGUCGUUAGCCGCAGAUCGCGCAAAAGAAUAGUGGGCGCGCUGCCACAAGACGUGCGUUUGCGCAAUGCGAAGCAAAGAAAAAGUAGGUGCGUGAGCCAACAACUACAGCGACGAAGACGGCGACAACGACAUCGUUAUGCGCGCCGAAACAAGUACCAGAAUCGACGAAGAAAUCAACGCCACCACGGCAGAGGCGGCAAGAGACACAACUUCCACAAAUAAAUCAAACGGAAAUCACAUACAAAUCAUAAAAGAGCGAAAAAAUAAACAAAUAAAUAAACAAGAAGAAUUCUUAAGAAGAUACGAAAUUAGCAAGCAAGCAAUGCAUAGAAGUCGACAUUGCGCGUCGGUUUCGAGGUGAUAAUGACGUGAUGAUAAUGUUGAGCAUACGAUAAUCCUGGUGGCGAUUAUAAGGCUGAUUGCUGACUUGAAGACCAUAACGAUGCUGACGAUAAUGUUGCUAAUGAGGCUGUACUGAUAUACAUUCAAAGUCAAGCGCAGCCGGUUAAGGAGAUACAUAAAUACAUAUAGUGAAACAAUCAGCGUGGUUAAAUCGCUAUUGAAAAAUCCAAAUCAAAAUAAAAACCCCAAAAUCCAAAAUCGCUGAACAAAAGCUGAAACAACAAAAAAAUCAAAAUUUAAACACAAAAUAUAACAACAUUUACAAUUAAUCAUAAUGCCACACAAUAGCCAUAGUUCACAUUCUCGACAUGGUGGUUCAUCCAGCGACGAUUUGGGCAGCACCGAUGAGGUGAAAAUUUUUAAAGAUGAAGGCGAUCGCGAAGAGGAAAAAAUAUCAUCGGAAAAUUUGCUUGAGGAAAAGUCGAGUCUCAUUGACUUAACGGAGAGUGAGGAAAAGAGCGGAAAGAUUCCAACGAGGUCGGAUCUUAGCCCAGUGUUUAGCAAACUUGAACCACAUGCGUCAGGUUUCAAUAUGGGAUAUCUGGUAUCGCCGUAUUCGUACUCGAAUGGUGGCGCAGGUGGACUGCCGGUAACAAUGGCGAAUAAAAUUGGUCUCUCGCCAUUCUUCUGUCACAAUGGGGAUCCGCUGACGACACCACCACCUGCGCACUGUGGCAUACCUCCAUAUCAGUUGGACCCAAAAGCCAUGGGCAUACCCCAUCUGUAUAUUCAGCAGCAUCUAGUUUUAGAAGUCCCUAUCCCUCAUCAUUACCCAUCAACACAACGUUAUCAAGUGAUUUCCCAUUCCGAUUUUCACCGAAUCUAUUGCCUUCAGUACAUACCUCACCGCAUCAUGUACUCAAUUCACAUCCAGCGAUUGUUACACCUGGUCCAAAACAGGACUGCAGUCAAGAGCCAACAACGAAUCAUAGAUAUUCCAGAGCUGACUGCCAGCGUUGCCGCGAACUUGGAAAAAAAGUAUCAGUUGCCGAGCAGAAAAAAUAUCAAAAGCAAAGA